CAAACCCUAACCACCAAAGCUAUCUUUUUUCUGUUCUCAUUUCUCUUUCCCUUAAACGACAAUUAUCCAUUUUCCUACCCGACAUCAAUUUUGCUCUUCCUCCGGCGGCGCGACACUCACCCACCUGCGUCGACGGGUCGAGCGACCUUCUGUGCUCUGCGUGAUUUGAAUCUGUUUGGAUAGCAUCAAUGGUAAAGGUCUUUUAAUUGGGAAAAGAAAAAAGAAGAGAGGGUGGGGAGGUUCUUCGACCGGGUUGACAGCAUCCGACGGAGUUUAGCCAUCAGCAUUCUUCCGGAACUCUUGAGUUUGUUUCAAGUCCCAGUUGAGUUUCCCUAGAUGUGUGAAUCGCUAGUCUAGUUGAUUUUUCUUGUAGAAGUUGCAGAAGCUUUUCAAAGCAGGCACCAUUUAAGCACAUAGAAAUUGUUGAGUUUUUGAGUGACAAGAAGAGGCCCUUGAAGACUUGGGGGUUUGAAAAUGAAUUCUGAAGCCUUGCAGGUAGCUAAUGCCUAUCGCCAGCUUCUCAAAGCUGUAAAGAAACAUAUUGGAAAGGAAGAGAGCAAGAAGCAUUUUGUGGACUAUGUGGCUCAAAAGUUCAGGGAUAAAUCCAUACUUUCAAAACCCCACUCUGUUCAACAGGAAAUCAAGCUUGCUCGGAAUUACACAUUUCUACUUAACAGUGUGCACCAUCAAAAGGACUUGCUGUUCUCGUACAACAUUGCUGUUGAUCGUUCAGAUGAAAUGAAGCGAAUAUUGGGGAAGUCUGCAGCAAGUGUGGGGCUUUCACUUCCUGAGGUUUAUCAACCCUGAUGCCCUGUGGUUGUUUGAUUAAGAAGAAGCAUAUUUUUUCCCCUAUCAAAGAAGAAUAAGCACUUCGAUGAGCUGCCAACUUGCCAGCAGACUUACAUAUUGUUGAUUUCUUCUACCUUUUGAUGCAUCAAUUCUAUGCGCAUGGAAAGAAAUGAAGGCUUACUGGACACUUUUAUCAAAUGGUGAGAUAUUUCCUUUUAUUAGUACUCCCGAGGGUGAAUUGAAGCAUUCUGGUGUGAUGUUUGUUUCAUUUCCAAUUAAUAUAAACUUUAAUAAUGUGAAAAGGAGCUGCUGAGUUUUGAUGGAAAGCACUUUUACUUUAUUACCAUUGUCCAGAAAUAAAUGUUACAUCUUGAAAGGCAUUGAGUAUCAGUAUGGAGGUUUUUAAAUAUCCAUGAUGCUGUUUGGUUUAUUGUUGAUUUAAUAAUCAUCAUUGCAGAUAGAAUGCCGUGGUGAGUAAUUGACUGAGUUACAAUUUGCUAAAGGCUCUUUGAUGUUGGUUUGUUUGUAAUGCUAUAUUUUUACUGUACUAUGAUGUAUACAGAUAGGUUUCGACUUUUCCUGAAAGAUUGGACAAUUGAGUUGUAACAUCCAUCUUUGACAUUAUAAUUGAUAUCUUGUCCACUAAACAAUAUUUGAUAGUAUGUAUUGUCGACUUAUGUUUUGUUUUA